UUAUUCGUCCUUGUCUACCGAUCUCUCUCGUCUAAUGUCGGACACACCUAGAAAUGCAGUCCGGGUUGUAACUUCGCAGUAGAGCAGACGAGGAUUUGGGUGCAGUGGGCAAUCAGAAUUUGUUGGACAGCAAUUCGGCCGGCUUCAUCUCGAAGAGUGUCAUGGCAGUUUAUGGCAUUUUCGGCUGUAUUUUGGCGCUGGUACUGGCUCCAUCAAUGGCACAAGAGCGCAGGGCCGUGGUGACGCUCAUUAAGGGACAUGAAAUUGUGGGCAACGUCAGUUUCUUCCAAGAAAAGGACGGCAACGUCGUGAAGCUUAGCGGCGUAGUGAGCGGUCUCACACCGGGAAAGCACGGCUUCCACAUUCAUGAGAAGGGAGACAUCAGCAGCGAAUGCGUGGCUGCAGGUGGCCACUUCAACCCCGAAAAGAAGAAUCACGGUGGCCCAAAUGACACGGAGCGUCAUGUGGGUGACCUAGGCAACAUCGAAGCAGGUGCUAAUGGUGUCGCCAGUGUGAACAUCACGGACAGCUUGAUCUCUCUCCACGGCGCCCACAACAUCGUCGGCCGCGCCCUCGUGGUGCACAACGGAACUGACGACUUGGGAAAGGGGGACACUGAAGAGAGUAAGAAGACAGGAACUGCAGGCAGCAGGGUUGCGUGUGGAGUCAUCGGGAUCCAGUCACCGGUGACUCCUUGGGCGAAGGGAGGUGCGACGUCGGCCUUGAAAGCGGUAUCGACGGCGUCGCUGUCCGUCGCUGUGUUCGCCGCCCUGUCACACUUUGCAAUGUGAAGUAUUUCUGUGGCCACUCGACUUAAUGCUAAUGUGUGAAAUGUAAAACCUGGGAAAAGCGAGACCGAGUGUCUGAGUGUCUGGAUCCAGUCCAGAAAUAAAGACUGAAACUCCUGACCUAUCUUUGUCAUCGACAAAGUUCUUCUUUGUCUUCUUCUUGGUUUAUUUAAUGACACUUAACAACUGUUCACAUCACACAGCAUCGAAUGAUAGGAGAAAGGUAAUAUACUAAAAGAAAUUAUAGUUUAGA